AUGACGGCUGCUGAAUUCCUGGACGUUCCUACGAGAAGAAGUACUGGCGCUCAAUUGCUCAGGUUAGAGCGUAUAUGGAGAAUGAUUCAAUGUUGCUCUGUUAAAACGCACAAUGCAUUUUUGUCACUCCAUGAUCCAUCUUUCAAGCGCUCUAUACUUGAUCAAGCCCCACGACCAGAAAGGAUCGCUCCACGCCACAAGCGAAUCAUCGCCGAACUCGAGACUGAGAUGGCAAUUGCUCAGGAAGCCUUGAAAACUAUGAUGAAACAGCGAAACGAAGCACACGCCCUGCCGGCGUCCUUGAGCAGCACUGUUGACAGAGGUGACUCAGCUCUCCUUGAUAACAUUGACGAACAAAUGUUUGACGUAGAAUGCGAUCUGUACUCGCUGCAAGGUGGAUUGGAGAGGCAGAUCUCAAACGCGAGCAUCAGGAAUCGUAGCGAAACUUGCGACGAAAUCAAACCUGAAAUCGAGGAAGGCCAACUGGAGCUGCGACGGCUCUUGGAGCAACGUAAAGACAUCUCAGAGCAGUUGGAUCUCCAUCGUGACCAACUGUCGCCCAUAUGCAAGGUUCCCCCAGAGAUCAUUCGUAUCCUAUUCCUCCUAUGGGCCUCUGACAGGCAUUUUCUCCGAUCCCCAACUCACGUCUCUCCAAAUGUUCUGGCUGGCGUUUGUGUUUCCUGGAAGAAUAUUGCACUCGGUAUGCCCAAAUUAUGGUCCUUCAUAUUGGUCGAGAUACGGAAAGGGAAGUUUUACCCUGACAAACGGAUCGUUGAAAGGUGGAUUGAGCGCUCUGGCUCCUCCGCGCUUUCUUUCUCUAUUGAAGAAAGAGAUUCAUCUUUUCACAGCAACCAUGCAGGAGUUGAUCAGGUUCCGCCCACCAUACUAUACGGCAAUACGAGAUCUGAGCAUUACGCUGGAUCACCAGUCGCGUCCAUGCUCGAACUCUUCAUUCCCCAUCACUCCCGAUGGCAGCGAGUCCGUCUGAGAUACAACGAUGCUGAUACAGUUGCGUUGGCUUCCUUGCCAUUGCCCAUGAACACCACGUAUCCUUUACUUGAAGAGGUAUACUUGGACAAAGGUUACUGGUAUGCCAAAGAAGAUCUAGACCGUAUCAAAUCCAUGAUGGUCUCCGCACCACGGCUCCAUUCCGUUACCUGGCUGAGCGAGAAAUCAUACAAGGUGCUCGCCUUUCCAUGGGAACAACUCACACACUUCUCGCAGGGCCCCUUCGCCACUAUGAACCAGGGUCUUCGUAUCCUCGCGAUCUGUCCUCAUCUCAAAUCCCUGGAGCUGACGCUCUUUCUUCCGGGUAACCUGGCAGUUCUUCUCGACAAAGUCACUCUACCAGCUCUGAAGGAUCUAUUGCUCUCCGAAUUACAUGGAGCCUCACUCUCUAUACGCGUUGGCCGGUGGCCACAAUUCCAGUUCCUCGCAUUCCUCCUACGUUCAGGUUGCACCAUCAAGCAAUUCAUCAUUCAGGAGUGUAAUAUCUCCGCAGAAGAGAUGGCGGAGUGCCUGGUACAUCCGCAAAUAUCCAAGUCAUUGGGUUCGUUGUCUAUCACGGAAUAUCACCAAAAGCAUCUGUGCAUGACGGAUGAGGUUCUUAGGCGGUUGACGUAUACCCCAUCAGUCAUCUUUUCAGAAAACGUUCUGGGUGGUGGGGACGACCAACUGGUUGAGGACACCCCAUCGGAGACUAUCUGUCCGAAUCUCACGAACAUCAAGCUGUGGGGAUGUAUUUCCGCCCAGGAUGGAAAGGUCGCGGAUAUGGUUGAGUCGAGGUGGCUAUCCAGGACCGAAGCUUGCCCCAUCGUGCAACUCAGGACGGCGGCAAUAGGAUUUUUCGCUGACGCAUGUCAUACGGAGGAUUGGACACGCUUGUGGCGAAUACAAGAGUUCCUGUUCAUGGAUCUUUUCGACUCGGAGUGCGAUGGUGCUGGGAGAUUUACGCGCUCAGACGCGUGUUUGAGCUCAUUGACAUCAACCUUAAGUAUUCCUUGUCGGAGAUGGCCAACCACUUCCAGUCACGAAAGUCACAAAAUUGGUCGUGACCAGGUUGAUCAGAGGACACUCAAUUUUGAUUUCGACGAUGAUUUCAAGAUGAUUUGGUCAAUUUCUCAGGAAGCCUUGAAAACUAAGAUGAAGCAGCGAAACGAUGCACACUCCCUGUUGGCGCCCUUGAGCAACCUUGUCUUGGGGCAAUGUCCAAACUUCUUGAAUCUCCAUCGUAACGAACUCUCGCCCAUAUGCAAGCUUCCCCCAGAAAUCAUUCGUAUCAUAUUCCUCUUCUGGGCCUCCGACAGGCAUUUUUUUCAAUCCCCCACUUGUAUCUCUCCAAAUGUUUUGACUGGCGUUUGUGUUUCCUGGAGGAAUAUUGCAUUCGUGGUCGAGAUACGGGAAGGGAAGGUUUACCCCGACAAACAGAUCAUUCAAAAUUAA